AUGCUUCUAAUUGACCUAGUUGAGCAGCUCAAAGGUCAUGCAGUGCUUCAAGAGAUCUUCCUCAGUGCCCUUAUGACAUUUGCACAACUUACAUCUCAUCUUAAGUGUGAUGUUCUCCAGCCACAAAGCAUCUGUCAAAGUGACCCUGAACACGCACCUGAUAAGCUUCCCGCCAGCAUCUCUAGUUUCCUCAGCGACACACUUCUUCUCAAGGACUAUAUCUGGAACAUGCCUACUACAGCACUUUCUAGCAAGGACUAUACACUGUUCAAAGAGCAUGGAUGGGUUUAUGGCAUUAGUAAUAUGGUGCCUGACCAGAAUCUUGCAGUGGCGCUGACUCUAUACCUGCCUAAUAUUGUAUGCACCAACCCUGACUGCACAAAUAUUGUUCCCUUGAAGAAAGAGGAGCAACGCAAAGUGAUCGUUUAUACUUUAUCAAAUGGUGUCCAACCCGCAUGGAAUGUACAUGUAUAUUGUCUGAGUACAUUACGUGGAAGUGAAGGUAGUGAGAAUGUGGAUUUCGCAAAUGCUUCUCAGAUGUACUCAAGGUUUUCGGCUACCAAUGCUGCUCGGCUUUAUGAUCUGGCCCUGUCAGAGAAUCUUACAUACCUUGAUGGAUGGUCACUUGGCGGCCAGCUUACAACAAAGCAUAUAUGGGAUGGUUUUAGUUUAGUGUCUUUGCUUGAUGACCAUCAAACACAAGGAACACUCCUUCAUGUACCUCACACAGGCUCUCAGAGUGACCACUUCAAGACUGCAAUGGAGGAAAGAAAUAAGCAGAUUAUUAUGGAAGGACAGCCUGAUGCUGUUCAUCAUACCUGCAAAAAAUGCAUGCGCAUUUACAAAAUGGAGGAUGGGGAAUUCAGGUUAACAGAAUUAAUCAAUCAACAGGGAAAGUUCAGGCCAUUGUUGCAGAUGGCAUCAGUAUUGGCUGCCCCUGCUGUGGAAUCUUUCGAUGCACUGAGCCACUUCAAAACAACCAACACCGAUUUUGUGCCACACAUUUCGGCCAUCAUAAUAUUUGCGCUAUUGAUGGCUAAAUUGAGGACAUGUGCAGACCCUAUUCACCAAGAGAUCGAGAGAAAGAAGAAGGCAUGCAGAAAUGCUGCAUUUGUUCUGAAGGACCAUUGGAAAAAUGCCCAAGUGCUUUAUGGUGAAGAAACUCCAGUUGCUGUGACUGGGGAGCACAUAGAUGUUGAGGAUGAAGUUGAAUGGUUUGAGGUAAAUGGCAUGGCAGUUGAAAUCUUUAACAAGCAGAACCCUGGAUCAGUCGGCGUCGUUGAGGAUCUUGAUCCUUGCUCAACAAAAUCAUUGGACGGCAACCGCAAACUCAAAACGCAGCUCUCGAGAAGGAGAACACACAAUGAAGAGACCCUUGUGCGACCCUGUGGCAUAAUAUUUGCGCACACAACCAUGUUUGGAGCAGAAGCUGUGUCAAAUUUUCUGAUAAUGCUCAAGAACACAUUUUCCAUCCCAGGAGCAAGCAAGCCUGAACACAUAUUUUACAAUACAAAUUGUGAUGCAAAACAACAGGCAGACACAUCAGGUGAUCCAUGGUUUCAAGACGUGGGCAUGUGCGUUGACAUCUGGCAUUUCCUGAACAAACACAAGGUGACACAUGAGUUCUGCCAACUAAAUUGCAACCCAGCAAUGUACCCUGAGCUACAGGAUGAUGACGGGAACUGGUUUUUCAACACGUCGGUUGCAGGGCAGACAAAUACAUGGCUUGGCGGAUACAGCUCAAUCAUCAGAGAGAUGCUCCCUGACAAGUAUGAUUUUUUCCUUGACGAAAUGAUCAGGCUCCAUAAUGCCGAAGUGCUCCAGAGGUUGGAGAAGGAGGGACACUGCCCUCGUAUUUUGUAA